AUGGUCCGUAAACUCAAGCACCAUGAGCAGAAGCUCCUCCGCAAAGUUGACCUGGUGAACUACAAAUCCGACGGUCCAUCACACCGCGAAGCCGCCAUACGGCGGCGAUACCACCUCACCCACCCUCUCGACUACAGCAAGUACAACACUCUCUGCGGCCGGUUACGACAACUCGCACAUCUACUGUCGAACCUCGACCCUAGUGAUCCAUACCGUGUCGAGAUGGAGACUACCAUGCUCGAGAAAUUACAUCAGAUCGGGAUCUUGAAGCAAAACCGGCAGCAGGGCGCUGGACUGUCAGCGGUGGAGAAAGAUGUUACCGUCUCUGCAUUCUGUCGUCGCAGGCUGGGCAUUGUGAUGGUGCGAAUCAGGAUGGUCGAGCAUGUCAGCACGGCGCACAAGUUCGUCGAACAAGGCCACGUGAGGGUGGGCACCAAUGUUGUGACUGAUCCUGCGUUUCUGAUCAGUCGCGGCAUGGAAGAUUUCGUAACAUGGGUGGAUGGCAGUAAAGUCAAGAGGCAGGUCUUACAGUAUCGUGACAAGUUGGAUGACUUUGACCUGCUAUGA